UGAAUCCCCUUCCGGCGCGAGGGACCGGAAGUUGUGGCCCGCCCGUGUCAACUUCGGCUCUGCAGACUGAGAGCCGGGCUGCCACCGCCACCAUGGGCGGGAAGAACAAGCAGCGGACUAAGGGGAACCUCAGGCCUUCAAACAGUGGCCGAGCUGCAGAACUCCUCGCCAAAGAGCAGGGAACAGUGCCUGGGUUCAUUGGUUUUGGCACAUCUCACAGUGACCUGGGCUAUGUUCCGGCUGUUCAAGGCGCGGAAGACAUAGACAGUCUUGUAGAUUCCGAUUUCCGAAUGGUGCUGCGGAAACUUUCCAAAAAAGAUGUUACAACAAAGCUAAAGGCAAUGCAAGAAUUUGGAAUUAUGUGCACAGAGAGAGACACAGAAGCCGUCAAAGGGGUUCUUCCAUACUGGCCAAGAAUCUUCUGCAAAAUCUCCCUUGAUCAUGAUCGCCGUGUUCGAGAGGCGACGCAGCAAGCUUUUGAAAAACUUAUCCUUAAAGUAAAGAAGCACUUAGCUCCCUAUUUAAAAAGCGUGAUGGGCUAUUGGUUGAUGGCUCAGUGUGACACAUAUCCACCAGCUGCACUGGCAGCAAAAGAUGCAUUCGAAGCCGCUUUCCCUCCAAGCAAGCAACCUGAAGCCAUAGCGUUUUGCAAGGAAGAAAUUACAACUGUGUUACAGGACCAUCUUCUGAAGGAGACUCCUGACACACUCAGUGACCCUCAAACUGUGCCAGAGGAAGAGAGAGAGGCUAAGUUCCACCGAGUCGUGACGUGCUCUUUAUUGGCACUGAAGAGAUUGCUUUGUUUCUUACCUAACAAUGAGCUUGAUUCUCUGGAGGAGAAAUUUAAAUCACUUUUAUCACAGAAUAAAUUUUGGAAGUAUGGAAAACACAGUGUACCUCAGGUCCGCUCAGCAUAUUUUGAGUUAGUUUCUGCUUUGUGCCAGCACGUUCCCCAGGUGAUGAAAGAGGAAGCUGCCAAAGUGAGUCCAUCUGUCCUGCUCAGCAUUGAUGACAGUGACCCUGUGGUCUGCCCAGCUCUCUGGGAGGCUGUGCUCUACACGCUGACAACUAUUGAGGACUGUUGGUUUCAUGUAAAUGCCAAGAAAAGUGUGUUUCCGAAGCUGAUGGCCAUGAUCCGAGAGGGUGGCCGGGGCCUAGCUGCUGUUAUGUAUCCUUACCUCUUACCGUUCAUCAGCAAACUCCCUCAGUCCAUCACAGAGCCAAAGCUGGACUUCUUCAAAAACUUCCUCACCUCUCUAGUUACCGGGCUGUCAACUGAGAGGACCAAAUCGAGCUCUUCUGAGUGCUCAGCUGUCAUCUCGGCAUUUUUUGAAUGCUUGCGGUUUAUAAUGCAGCAGAACUUAGGCGAGGAGGAGAUGGUGCAGAUGCUUAUCAAUGAGCAGUUGAUCCCAUUUAUUGAUACAGUUCUCAAAGACUCAGGACUGCACCACGGACCGAUGUUUGACCAUUUAGCAGACACAUUGAGCUCUUGGGAAGCCAAAGCAGAUGCAGAGCGAGACCCUGGAGCUGUUUACAACUUGGAGAACGUUCUGCUAAGCUUCUGGGGAAGACUGUCAGAGAUCUGCACCGAGAAAAUCCGCCAGCCAGAAGCAGAUGUGAAGUCCGUUCUGUGUGUGUCUAGCCUAGUAGGGGUCCUUCAGAGGCCAAGGAGCUCACUGAAGUUACACAGAAAGAAAACUGCUCAGGUCAGGUUUGCCAUCAAUAUACCUGAAGCUCAUAAAGGGGAUGAAAAGUCCAUGUCUUCAGAAGGAGAGAACAGCGAGGGCUCUGACGGAGGGGCUCAGUCUCCUCUCAGUAAUACAUCUUCAGACUUAGUAUCUCCUUUAAGGAAAAAACCUCUGGAAGACUUAGUCUGUAAGCUGGCAGAGGUGAGCAUUAGCUUUGUCAACGAGCGGAAGUCAGAGCAGCACCUGCAGUUUCUCUCCACGCUGCUCGACUCCUUCUCCUCCGUCCAAGUAUUUAACAUUCUCCUCAGUGACAAACAGAAGAAUGUCGUCAAAGCCAAACCUCUGGAAAUAACCAAACUUGCAGAAAAAAAUCCUGCAGUUAAGUUCUUAUAUCAUAAAUUGAUAGGCUGGCUAAAUGACAGCCAGAAAGAGGACGGGGGCUUCCUGGUGGACAUCUUGUAUAGUGCCCUCCGAUGCUGUGACAGUGGUGUGGAAAGGAAAGAAGUCUUGGAUGAUCUAACCAAGGAGGACCUGAAGUGGAGUUCUCUUCUUCAGGUCAUUGAAAAGGCUUUGAAAUGAACCAAGUUGCAAAUCCUUUCUCCUCAGCCUUUAAAGCCAAGGAAGCCUGGGAGCGCGGAUCAGCAUGGUGUGGGGUGGACUGACAAGGGUCUCUCUCUUUCCUACUCAGCAGAAAUAAAGGCCUUACCCUAGAUACUCGGCCCUAGAUACUCUGUUUCAGAGACUCCGGGGAAGUAAACCCAUUGUUAUUAUCGAAUUUUAGAAAAAUCAAUGAACAAAAGUAUACCAUUAAGAGGCCAUUUAUAAACUAUCUUCAGAGUUCAUUCCUUGUUCAUUGAACAUAGCUUCAGGGUUGGUAGCAGAUAUCAAAGAAGUUUAAAACAGUGGCUGCUGACAAGAAGCUCAAGGUCUUUUGCAAAGACAAGACACACACACAGAUGAAACAUUUAUAUAAUAAUACUUUCCAGUCCCUGCUUUAGAAAGUCAGAGAGAAGUGGUUGGCUUGGGCAGAGAGAAGAAAGUUAGUCUUAGGCUAGAAUGGAUGGGGAGACUUUGAAAAACACAUGGCAUUUGUAUGGAUUUGAUAUGUGGGGAUCUGUGUGGUUGGAGUAAUGUAACCAAGCUGGGGAGUGAUUGUUGCCAGGGUUACCGGGGACAGGAAGACAGCAUGGGGGGAGAGCCGGGACCACGGGAUGGAGGGAGCCAGUAGGAUCUGCACACUAUUCUAGACACAUCUUUUGAUGUUGCUUUUAAUCUUUAAUUUUAUGGUUUUUAGGCAUGUUCUAGCUCAGAUAAACAUGCUUUAGUAACUCCUUGGCUAAAAGGCAGUAUUCUUGGAGAGAAAUUGGUUGCCUUGGCAGACUGUCUUUGUGAUAAGGACUUGGAAGCCACAACAUCUGAAUCCCACUCAUCAGAACAGUGGAGUCUGCUAAGACUGGCGUUAUCCCAACAUGUCAAAAACGAUUACUUGAUUGGAGAAGUAUACGUUGGAAGAAUUAUUGUUAAACUUCAUGAAACUUUAUCUAAAACAAAGGAUUUAUCAGAAGCGGCAAACAGUGACUCUUCAGUGUCUUUUGUCUGUGAUGUGGUCCAUAGCUUCUUCAGUUCAGCAGGAGGAGGCUUGCUAAUGCCACCAUCUGAAGACUUGUUAUUAACUCUCUUUCAGUUAUGCGCUCAGAGCAAAGAACGGACACACUUGCCAGAUUUUCUGAUCUGUAAACUGAAGAAUACUUUGCUUUCUGGUGUAAAUUUAUUGGUCCAUCAAACUGCAAGUACAUAUGAGCAGAGUACCUUCCUACGUUUGUCUGUUCUGUGGCUGAAGGACCAGGUUCAGUCUUCGGCUUUGGAUAACACAAGUCUUCAGGUCCUCUUGUCUGCUGCUGGCGACUUGCUGGGUACUCUUGUAGAGAGUGAGGACACGUCUCUUCUUGGAGUUUAUAUCGGAAGUGUAAUGCCCAGUGACAGCGAGUGGGAAAAGAUGAGGCAGGCUCUUCCUGUUCAGUGGUUACACAGACCUCUUUUAGAGGGAAGGCUGAGUUUAAAUUAUGAAUGCUUCAAGACAGAUUUUAAGGAACAAGACACAAAGACUCUUCCCAACCAUCUGUGUACUUCAUCGUUAUUGAGCAAAAUGAUCUUAGUUGCCCAAAAAAAGAAAUUAGUCCUAGAAGACAACGUCCUUGAAAAAAUAAUUGCAGAGCUGCUGUAUUCACUGCAGUGGUGUGAAGAACUCGACAAUGCGCCAUCUUUCCUAAGUGGAUUUUGUGGAAUCCUUCAAAAAAUGAAUAUAACUUACAGCAACUUAUCUGUACUUAGUGAGACUUCUAGCCUCUUGCAGCUGUUAUUUGACAGAUCUAGAAAAAAUGGCACACUUUGGUCUCUUAUUAUUGCUAAGUUGAUCCUUUCCCGAAGUAUUUCAUCUGAUGAAGUGAAACCAUACUAUAAAAGAAAAGAAAGUUUCUUCCCUCUAACAGAAGGUAGUUUGCAUACCAUUCAAAGUCUCUGUCCAUUCUUGUCUAAAGAAGAAAAGAAGGAAUUUAGUGCUCAGUGUAUACCCGCUUUUUUGGGUUGGACUAAAGAAGACCUUUGCAGUAUUAAUGGAGCCUUUGGACAUCUUGCCAUUUUCAAUUCUUGUCUGCAAACCAGAAGUAUAGACGACAAACAGCUAUUGCAUGGCAUAUUAAAAAUUAUAACAAGCUGGAGGAAACAGCAUGAAGAUAUUUUUCUUUUUAGCUGUAAUCUGUCGGAAGCGAGUCCAGAGGUCCUUGGUUUAAACAUAGAGAUCAUGCGGUUCCUUUCCUUGUUUCUCAAGCACUGCGCGUACCCGCUCCCGCUGGCAGACAGUGAAUGGGACUUCAUCAUGUGCUCCAUGCUGGCUUGGUUGGAGACAACCAGUGAGAACCAGGCUCUGUACUCUGUUCCACUUGUGCAGCUGUUUGCCUGUGUCAGCUUUGAUCUGGCCUGUGAUCUCUGUGCCUUUUUUGACUCAAUAACUCCAGAUAUUGUUGACAAUCUUCCUGUAAAUCUCAUCAGUGAGUGGAAAGAGUUUUUUUCUAAAGGCAUCCACAGUUUGCUAUUACCUCUUUUGGUAAAUGCUAUCGGAGAAAACAAAGACCUAUCUGAAACGUCCUUUCAGAACGCAAUGCUGAAACCCAUGUGUGAAACACUAACAUACAUCUCCAAGGACCAGCUACUGAGCCACAAGCUCCCUGCGAGAUUGGUUGCCAGCCAGAAAACAAACUUGCCAGAGCACCUCCAGACUCUGCUGAACACUUUGACCCCACUGCUUCUCUUCAGAGCCAGACCUGUGCAAAUUGCUGCUUAUCAUAUGCUGUGCAAACUGAUGCCUGAAUUGCCACAGCAUGAUCAGGACAAUCUGAGGUCGUAUGGAGAUGAAGAGGAAGAACCAGCCUUGUCGCCGCCGGCCGCGCUGAUGUCUCUCCUCAGCUCUCAGGAGGAGCUGCUGGAGAAUGUCCUGGGCUGUGUCCCUGUGGGCCAGAUCGUGACCGUUAAGCCACUGAGCGAGGACUUCUGCUAUGUCCUGGGAUACCUCCUCACUUGGAAGUUAAUACUGACUUUCUUCAAAGCUGCAUCGUCUCAGCUUCGUGCUCUGUAUUCAAUGUACCUUCGGAAAACAAAGAGUCUGAAUAAAUUACUCUAUCAUCUCUUCAGACUUAUGCCAGAAAACCCUACGUACGGAGAGACAGCUAUUGAGGUAUCAAGUAAAGACCCCAAGACCUUCUUCACCGAGGAGGUUCAGCUGAGUAUUAGAGAAACAGCAACUCUUCCGUAUCAUAUCCCACACCUGGCGUGCUCGGUCUAUCACAUGACUUUAAAAGACUUGCCUGCCAUGGUUAGGCUAUGGUGGAAUAGCAGUGAGAAGCGUGUCUUCAAUAUUGUAGAUAGAUUUACAAGCAAGUAUGUCAGCAAUGUUCUUUCUUUUCAAGAAAUAUCUUCUGUACAAACAAGUACACAGCUAUUCAAUGGCAUGACGGUUAAGGCGCGAGCUACUACUCGAGAAGUGAUGGCUACGUACACCAUCGAAGACAUAGUCAUUGAACUCAUAAUACAGUUGCCUUCCAAUUACCCACUGGGCUCAAUAACAGUGGAAAGUGGGAAGAGGAUCGGGGUGGCUGUGCAGCAGUGGCGAAACUGGAUGCUGCAGCUGAGCACGUACCUCACUCACCAGAACGGAAGUAUCAUGGAAGGCUUAGCAUUAUGGAAGAAUAAUGUAGACAAACGGUUUGAAGGUGUUGAAGAUUGUAUGAUCUGCUUCUCAGUUAUUCAUGGUUUCAACUAUUCUCUUCCCAAAAAAGCCUGUAGAACAUGCAAGAAAAAGUUUCACUCAGCUUGCCUGUACAAAUGGUUUACAUCUAGCAACAAGUCCACUUGCCCGCUCUGCCGUGAGACCUUUUUCUGAGGUUUUUUUCAUUGGAAGUUGUCGCUGCCGUAGGUCAAGCCAAAGGGAAUGGAUUGGCUCCACCUUGAAGUACUGAUGUGAAGCCAGUGAGCAUGACAAAGUGCCAUCUGUCAGUAUGAUCCUCAAAUCAGGCAACCUCUGCAGAUUGCUUUGUAAAUCUUCGGAAACUUUUUUCUUUUACAAGAGACUAUUACAUAUUUGAGAGAAAAUAUUUAUAUUAAUGGCUUAAUCUCUUUGUAUGUUUAAAAUUAAAAAUAAAUAUAUCUCUUCUCAAAAAUAUUCUAAAUUAUAGAACUGAAAUUUGUGAAAGCAUAAACUAUAUUAUAACUUAUAAAACCAUCCAGUUUUUUGGUCUGUGUUGUAAAACAGUCCAAGGAUAAGGCAAAUGAAUUGAGAGCUGAUUUACAUCUGUAGAUAACUAAGACUUGUUUGUUAGUGAUGACAAACAAUAGUUUAAAAUUACUCUGAUUUUCAUAAAUUGUUUUAAUGAUAAAGUGACACUGAGAUAUUCCCACCCUCAUCCAGAGGUUUGAAGUGUACUGUGAAAUUUCACAUGAAGAAGGAACUGAGUGAACUCUAAGGGGCUCUGGUGAGAAUUGUGAAAUUCAUAACUUACAUCCUUGACACUAAUCUUUUGCUUGUGAAAGAAUUAUUUCCAUGUUAAUGAGAUUUGAAUUGUAAAUGUGUUGGUUGAAUCUAUUACUCAGUUUAGUGAGUCUACAAAGAGUGGGAAUCUGAAGUAAGCAGUUUUUUGAUUAUUUUGUGAAGUAAAAUGAUAGCAGUCUAUCUAUCAAGAAAAGAAUAAAUAUUACUAAAGUAUAAUCAUGUGUGGAGAAAACAAUAUUUAAAAAUCUUGUAGGAGGCUGUACAUUUUGCAGAGUUUGCUAUACUUAUUAGCCAUAGUUACACCAAUUCAGGAAUUGGGGGAGCUAAUUAUUUAAAACUAUCAGCAAUGAAGGAUAUAGUACUAAGUAAAAUUAAUUUUUUUUUUUGCUUUUGUUUUGAGACAGGAUUUCACUAUGUUGCUCUGGGCUGGGCUGUAACUCACUCUGUAGACCAGACUAGCCUGGAACUCAAGAGAUCUGCCUGUCUCUGUUUCCCAAGUGCUGGGGUUAAAGUGCACCACCAAGCCUGGUGGAAUUGUCUUAAUGGAUUGAAGUGUGUAAACUUCAUGAAACCUGCCUUUGGUUACAGUACCUUUGCCUUUAAAAACUAUUCACAGUAUAACGUGUGGAAGUUUGGAUCACAGUCUUCCAUUUCAUUUCUAGUAGUUAGGAUACCUAAAAGUUUAGUCCAUCAUCUGUGUUUCAAAUGUUUAAUUAGAAGGGUGCAACUCGUGUCAAAUAAAAUUACUGCUUACCAUCAACUAGUCAAAAUGACUGUUAUUGAAAUAGUCUGAAAGUGGACAGGAUUACAGUCCAGAGAACUGUGUGUCGGUUACAAGUGUAGUAUCGGCUUGUCUGUCUUCUCUUUUUUUCUCUGUAGUAGUUAUUAUCUUACAGUCUUGAGGCUCAGAGACGGAGUGAAGUGUAGAUAGCAAGACUCUACUACCUCUUAGUCCCUCACAUCUCCCUCUUCCCUUUCUGCCUGCCUCUGGCACAGCAGUCACAAGGACUGUGUGAUGCCUCUGGGAAAAUUACUCUUUUCCUUUUCAAGUGGAUUUACAAUAAAAUUUUGUUUAUAACCUUCCAGCAUUGGUUCUUGACUUUGGAUCCAAAGCCCCAGUAGAAGAGAAGAUGGAGCAGAGCUCCGGCUUUUUGCGGUGUGUGACCUUAGUAGCCCCUCAAGCUUGGGACUGGGAACGCAUUCUGGGAGACUUGUGUGCAUAGCUGUCAGUUCACACCGGUUGAUAAUGCUAAGGAAGGCUUUCCAGAAGCAAGACUGAAACUCAGAAUGCCCCAUUCAGGUUUUAUUUAUUUAGCUUUGACAACACUCAUGGACAGGAUACCAUCCCUGAAAAUUUUAGCAUAAGAGGAACUUCAAAUUGCUAGAGAGUCAAAGCCCUGUUACAAAUUUACUUAAAAUCCGAAACCAAGUAGCAAUUUCUAAAAUUGAUUUUUAUUUCAUUUUUCUCAUCUUUUAAUACAUGUGUAUACUUUUCUAUGGUGUAAAUAAUAUUAACACGAUACAUUUUAUGGUACAAAUAAUUAUUACUUGAGUAUUAUACCAUUAAAUUAGAAAAAUUUCAAAUAUAGAGAAAAUAGUAAAAUAGCAAUAUUUUACAUGUACUCUUCCCAUACUAUUUUGCCAUAUUGCUUCUGAUUUUUAAAGAAAUAAAAUGUUACUCUUUUGUA